AUACACAGAUACAUCAUCACGUUUUUAUUGGUGUCUUACCUCAUUAGUUGAAGGCCAAUUAGCUUUUUAAUACCUCGAUUUUAUUUUAAGAGACAAUUAUAUAUAUAUAGCAAAUAUAUAUAUAUCUUACAAAAUGGAGAAAGGGAUGACUCAUCAGAUGGAAACACCAACAAAUGUGACCAUAAAGGGUAUUCUAGGUACUUUAAUGGCAAGUCUUGAUGACGAAAACAAGAAGAGGGUUAUCUCUUUAGGGAUGGGAGACCCAACUGCACAUUCUUGUUUCACCACCAGUGACAUUGUUCGAGAUUCUGUCGUUCAAACUCUCGAAUCCCAGAAAUUCAAUGGAUAUGCACCUACUGUUGGCCUCCCUCCAGCAAGAAAGGCAAUAUCUGAAUACUUAUCGAUGAAUCUCCCAUACAAAUUAUCACCAGAUGAUGUAUAUAUAACAGCAGGCUGCACACAAGCUAUAGAAGUUGCUAUAUCAAUUCUGGCUAAACCAAAUGCAAACAUAUUGGUUCCAAAACCAGGAUUCCCCAUUUAUGAGCUUUGUGCAGCUUUUAGAAACGUGGAGAUCCGCCAUUAUGAACUUCUUCCUAACAACGGCUGGGAGGUUGACUUGGACGCCGUCAAUGCAUUAGCUGAUGAAAAUACAGUUGCAAUUGUAGUAAUAAACCCAGGGAAUCCUUGUGGCAAUGUCUAUAGUUAUCAACAUCUAAAGAAGGUUGCUGAAACUGCAAAAAAGCACAGAAUUCUAGUCAUAGCAGAUGAAGUUUAUGGGCAUUUGGCAUUUGGGGAGAACCCAUUUGUGCCUAUGGGAGUUUUUGGGUCCAUGGUGCCUGUUCUUACACUUGGUUCAUUGUCAAAAAGAUGGUUGGUGCCGGGUUGGAGGCUCGGGUGGUUUGUCACCACUGACCCGAAAGGCAUCUUCAAGAAUGCAAAGACCGUUGAGCGCCUAAAGAAGUACUUCGAUAUAUGUGGCGGUCCAGCAACCUUCAUACAGGCUGCAGUUCCACGAAUCCUUGAAAACACAAAAGAGGUGUUCUUUGCAAGAACUCUUGGCAUACUGAAGCAGACCUCGGAUAUUUGUUUCAAGAAAAUCAAAGAGAUUCCUUGCUUAACAUGCCCACAAAAGGCACAAGGAGCUAUGUCUGUUAUGGUGAAACUAGAUGUUUCUCAGCUAAAAGAUGUUAGUGACGACAUUGACUUCUGUUUCAAGCUGGCUAGGGAAGAAUCUGUAAUCCUUCUUCCAGGACUUACGGUGGGUUUAAAAAACUGGGUCCGUAUCACUUUUGCUGCAGAACCAUCUUCUCUUGAAGAAGCUCUUGACAGAGUCAAAUUAUUUUACCAAAAGCAUUCCCAUCAACACAAGAUUCAAAGUGAUCUGUUAUGAUUCAAGCCAAUCAUCUUCCCUUAAUGUAUAGCUACCCAAUAUAGCCAUAACUAACAUGAAAGAUAACUUUUAUUCAUAAUUCAUUAUAGUAUAUUCAUUGGACCAUAUAUGUAUUCUACUUCUGUAUAUGUGUUUUAGGUCAAAAAGUAUGGAAGACAGGCCCGUGCUUUGGCUACAACGCUACAGGGUUGCUUCUUUAA